CUCAUUCAGUAUCCAGUGUUCGUACGAACAAGUUGUGUGAACUAGGAAACAUGCAGAAGUUAACUUUGUUCGUGGUUGCGCUUGCGACGGUCGUGUUGCAUUGCGAUGCAAAAUAUUUCGCGACAAGAUGCGAGCUGGUACAUGAGUUGAGGAGGCAAGGGUUCCCGGAGGAUAAGAUGAGGGAUUGGGUAUGCCUGAUAGAAAAUGAGAGCGGCAGGAAGACAGACAAAGUGGGCAGAGUGAACAAGAACGGCUCCCGAGACUACGGCCUGUACCAGAUCAACGAUAAGUAUUGGUGUAGCAACACCAGUACUCCUGGGAAGGACUGCAAUGUUACUUGUGCUGAAAUGCUUCUAGACGACAUUACCAAAGCCUCGACUUGCGCCAAAAAGAUCUACAAGCGCCACAAGUUUGAAGCGUGGUACGGAUGGAAGAACCACUGCAAGGGCAAGACGCUGCCUGAUCUUAGCAACUGCUAAACAUGUAUUAUAAUAUACCAAAGAUAUUUUAUUAAGUUUAUAAGUUUUAUGGCCAGUUUCAUCGGUCUCUGAUAUCCUAUCGGGAAGUUAACUGACUGAUAAUCUAUAACUUUUCGUUUCACCAGUCUCAGAUCUAGCAGAAGUUAUAAGCAGACUUUAUCUGGCAGAUAGCAUUAACUAGAUGAUAACUAAUAACACUUUAUUGGUUAUCAGUGAAGCUGGGCCUUGUUGUAGUAACGCUAGAUUUCAAAGUAUAUUGAAGGAAAAGUACAUCGAAAUUGACGAUUUGUAUAAAAACUUCGACUUCCAAUUUUGACUUUCUUGAAGUCAAAUAAGAGAAAUUUUGCUCUCUGUUCUCUCGUGUAUAAAUUACUAUUUUGUGUAUUAAUAACUACUAUAAUAACUGCAUUUAAUAGUUCAAACCAAUUUCUACUUAAUUCCAAAUGCAAAUCAAAACAGACUGUACCGAAUACAUAUUUUCACGGAUAUUAUAAAACCGAUUAUUAUACAUUAAAAUAAAUACAUUUUUAUACA